GCCAAGUGCAAGUGCCCAUGACAUGACUUCCCUGCCGCCGCGCGUCCUCCGCCUGGGCUCAUUCCUCAAUUCUCCACGAUGUUGGCAACCAAGACACUGCAGACUGCUGGACUGACUCGCGCUCUCGCCAAGCGUGGUCUUCGCUUUGCAAGUUCCGUGUCGACCGAUGAGACGCCGUACUAUGAUGUGGUAGUCGCAGGUGGUGGCGUCAUGGGUUUCUCCACCGCCUACCACCUCGUUACCGCCGUUCCCAACCUCAAGAUCGCCGUCGUAGAGAAGGACCCAUGCUACAAGUAUGCGUCGGCCAUACUAUCGGCCGGCGGCAUCCGUCAUCAAUUUUCAGAGACGGAGAACAUCCAGAUGAGUUUGUACGGUACUGAAUUCCUGCGCAAUCUCGGCACCAACAUGAAGGUGGACGGCCAUGACGCUCCCGACGUGCAAUUCGUCGAAGGUGGCUACAUGUUCUUGGCCAGUGAGCGUGGUCUAGAUGUGCUUCACCAGAAUUAUGCCACGCAAAAGGCUGCAGGAGCCGACGUGCAGUUGCUGGACCCCGUGGCACUGAAGAAGCGCUUUCCGUGGAUUAAUCCGGACGGCGUCGAGCAAGCCAUAUUGGGCAUGAAAGACCAGGGCUGGUUCGAUCCCUGGGCGUUCCUCAACGCCAUGAAACGCAAGAGUGUAUCUUUGGGUGUAGACGUUCUGGAAGGGGAGGUUAAGCACUUCGAUCUGGGAGGACAGAACCAGAUUGAGAAGGUGCACAUUGAGGUCAAGAGCUCACCGGAAUGCGGCGACAUGCGCUUCAACUCGGUUCGUGCUGGUGUCGUCGUGAACGCAGCAGGUUGCUGGUCUAGCAAGCUACUGGAGGCUUGCGGCAGCUUCGACUAUCCGGUCAAGCCUCGCAAACGCUCCAUGUUUGCUUUCCACUGCGAUGCCGAGGAGAUCUGGAAGGGAGAAGCAGCGACGCCACUUGUGGUGGACCCCAAUGGCGUUUACUUCCGACGUGAAGGUGCUGGCGGUCGAUUUGUGUGUGGUUGGUCUCCUGAGCCCGAGGAUGACUACGACGGACAGUCCACGGACGAGCUAGACUUCCCGGAUCACGACCAUUUUGAGGAGCAGAUCUGGCCCACUAUCGCCCACCGUGUUAAAAGCUUCGAGUGCAUCAAGGUCCUGAGCGCAUGGGCUGGAUACUACGACUACAACACCCUCGACCAGAACGCUAUCAUCGGUCUGCACCCGGACGUCCCUAACAUGUACCUUGUCAACGGAUUCAGCGGCCAUGGUCUGCAACAGUCACCUGCCGCCGGUCGUGCAAUUUCCGAGCUGGUUGUCCACGACGAAUUCAAGACUAUUGACUGCUCACGCUUCAGCUUUGACCGCGUGCGUGCCAAUGAACCGUUCCUGGAGCAAGGAAUCGUGUAGAUGAUCUGUGUAACUACAACAAUGCCGUUUUCUUUUUUGCAAUAACUACAAUAAAGUCCGAGAUGUUUUAAUGGCGGUAGA